AUGGAGCUUCUUCUGUUCUGCACAGCCAUGCUUGGAGUCCUGUCUAAACCCAUCAUCUCCUACAAAAUCACAAAGAUAUUUCCAUAGGGGCAGCUAGUUCAUAUUUUAUGCCACUCAAUUCAGGGCCCUCCAAUUAUAAACUACAUCCUCAUGGAGACAUCUGGUAUCAUGAUAUCAAAGAAGAUUGUGGAUGAUGAGCACUCAGCCAGAUUUCGUAUUCUUGUCACAUUCAGGACCCGGCCAGAUUUACUCAAUUACUACUGCCAUGCAAGCACAGCUUUGGGGCAAACAGCCUACCGUGACAUGCUGAAGCUCUUCUGGGAGUUGUGGGAACCAGUGUCUCAGCUUCAGGCCAACUUCACCCUAGUGGAUACAGGAUCAGGCGGAAUGGUGGUGGUGUCAUGCCUGGCAUCUGAGGGCCCACCCAUCACUUAUAUGCUAUUCAGGAAGGAUGGGCACAUCUUAAUGGAGGAGACACCCCGCCCUGGAAGACCAGCCAUCUUUUCCUUCCCAGUGAACAAACUAUCAGCCUGGUAUACAUGCCAGGCCAAGAAUAUUGGCAGUGCAGAGUACAGUGCCCUCACACCGGUGCCCCCAGAAAACCAGAGGUUUUAUUCUUCAGAAAUAGCCUUUAAGAACCCAGUCACCUACAUGCCAUUGGAAGAGGACUUAGAGGAUGACCUGAUAGCUAAACUAGGAAAAUCUGCUCAACAUCUGCUCUUUGGCCUGGGAAAGAAUUGA